AUCUUGAACUCGUGUAAAGAUUACGGAUAUUGAAUAAUUUCUAACAUCACCGUUCAGCUUCCCUUGUUUUUCAACUAAGGCCUUUUUGGGGAUUUUGUGUCUUUUUUUUUCCUUUGUAAGAGAAAGCUAAAAAAUUAACCAAAAUGCAAUGUGGUCUCAUAAUAAUCAUAUACGUCCCUGUUCUUAACUUUGUGUUUAGGAUUUAAAAAUUAUAAGAAAAUGGAAAUAAUAAAGUGAAAAAACAGAAAUAAAAAGACAAGAUCAAUAGUGGAAGGCCAAAAGGAGUGAAUUCCAACUUGCACACCUUAUUCUCAAUUUCUGAUCCAUAAAUUUGGCAUUACCUUGGCUUAUUUGUUUGCUUACCAUAUCAAUUAUCAUCGAAGUUCCAAUUUAUUACCAUAACCAAAAUUGAAGUGAGGGAGAAGGAUCAGCUACCCUUUCCUUCCAAAUCUUCUACAUCUCUCCUUCCUUUCUUGUAAACUUCAAAUUGAAGCUGCCAACUCUACUUUUCUGUUGCUUCUUCCUAAGCACAACUUCCAUUUCAUUCAAUUGAAGAAGAAUACUAAUUUGUUAAACUUCAAUUCAGCUUCCAACUUAUUAUGGAUUUUGGGAAUUCUUGUUUCUUCUCCUUAAAUCAGUCUUCAUUUGGUUCAUCUUAUUGUGUUUGCUUUAAUACAUGUUCUAAAUCAUCCAUUUUUUGUUUUGGAAGUGGUUUCCCAGAGCCCAAGAUCUUAAACUCUAUCUUGAAACCCUCUUCUUCUUCUUCUUCUUCCAAAUUCACUGCUGCAUCGUCUCCCUUUAGAGAAGAAGCUUGAUCCUCUUCCAUUCUACGUUUCUUUUCUUUUUUUUUCUCUUGCUUUAGUGAUAGACUAUUUUUUAGCUCUAUUUUUCGCUUUUCCCAGAGCAAUUUGCAAAGAAGCAAAAUGUUGUGCGCAUCAUAUUGCGUGCCAGCGGCAGCUAUGGCUUCUCCGGCAUUUCCUGAUCAUUGCUUUAUCAGGUAUGAUCAUCAUCAUCAUCAUGAUCACAAGGACUUGAGGAGAUGGAGGAUUAGGACCAUUGCUGCUACUUCAGCUUCUGCUUCUGCUUCUGCUUACCCUCCCUUUUCCAAUCAGAUUCAGCUAACUAAAGACUCUUCUUCCCGUCACAAGUUUUACCAGGAGGCUCUUAAUACUGCAAGGGACAAGUUCACUCGGGAGAUCUCCUUCCAGUCCAAGGACAAAGACAUCUCUCUUGCUAAGGCUUUGCUUUAUGUUGCAGCUGAAGAUGAGGCAUUCAUGGCUUUUAACCGAGAGAUGGAUGCUCACUCCCUCCUGAGUGAAAGGAUAAAUGUUUCUUCCCCCUCUGAUACCAAAGAGUGGGAUUCUGUGGAGCAAAUGCCUUUGGGUGGAAAGACCAUAUCUGAAUGGCUGAGUGAGUUAGAUGCGAUUGCUAAAGAAGUUGAAGCAGAGCUAGUUUCAAGAGACAUAGGCUGCCAUCUGAUUGAAGUUUUAGAAGCAGUCAAUAUAGUUCUUUUUGAGUUAAGAGGCUUCAAAAGAUCCCCUGUUCUUGUAGAUUCUAAGCAUUCAUACUUACACUCUGUACUGAGCUCUGGAUGUGGCAGUGCAAUUUUGCUUAGCAUAAUUUACAUUGAAGUUUGUCGGCGACUUAGUCUAACCAUUGUGGGAUCUCGAGUUGGGGAAGAUUUUUUGAUAUGGCCCCAGACAGGGUACCCAGAGGAGCUUUUCAAAGUGACUUCAGGACACAGCUUGUUUGCUAUUGUCAAUGGAAGGUGUGUGGAGGACCCUAGAUCAAUGGCAUCAGAUUUAACCGGUACUUCACUUUUAGGGCUUGAGAUAGCUACAAACCGCGAUAUUAUUGGGAUUGCUCUAGCCAAUUUAAUUAGGCUUCACUGGAAACGUGCUUCUAGAUCAAAUCAUGGGUUGAUGCUGACUUCUCCCCUUAGGCAUGUUCAUAAUGCUGAUGAGAAACCUAACAAGAUCGAUAAAUCAAAUGUCCCUUUGUUGCGGCCUCAAGAUCUUAGGCUAGCUAUCAUGGCUUCAGAAAGAUUGUUGAUUCUGCAGCCACAUAAUUGGGCACUAAGGAGAGACCAUGGCAUGAUGCUGUAUUAUAAUAGGGAAUAUGGCAAGGCUGUGCAAGAGCUUAGCAUUUGCAUGGCCUUUGCUCCGGAAGAGGAGGCAGAGAUUCUUGAACCAUUUGUUGAGAAAUUGCAUCUGAUGCGGCUGGAAUCAUCAUGGAAGUCUUUGGGGCACGCAGGUCGAUUGACAGUUCCUUGAUUUUGUAAAUAACCUUCUCUCUCUCAAACCCUCCUUCGCCACAUAUGGUUUAACGUAUGAAUUCUGCGGAUUGUGAUUAGCGUAGCUUUUUGGAUAAAAUGAACAGAUGAACUCCAAAAUAUAGGAAUGUAAUGGAGAUGUAGGAACAAGAGGGAACUCCUUGUCUGUCUUCCCCUCUAUUUUUGCUGUGGCGCAUUUGUUAUUAUACCA